GGCGGAGGCCACAUCCGGGGCCGCGCCAGUGUUAUGGCGGCCGCGACGGAGGGCAAAUAUGACGCAGCCAAUAUCCGCGAUGAACUUGCUAAUACCAAUGGGAAUUGUGUAGGAAAUGCCGUGAAGCUCGAGGAAGAGAGCGACACCACGCAAGUCGAGGGCCGAAUUGUUACGGGCCGAGAUAAGGAGAGUUUCAGGAAUUUCCCGGGAUUUGUGGAAAUGUCGUCGCCUGGCUCUUCAGCUUCGCUUGUAAAAAUGGAUUCAAAGUAUUCGCCAGAACCACCUUUAUGCAGUGCAGAAUCAGGCCCAUUGGAUACAAGUGAUCACCAUCACCACCACCACCAUAGGGAUCACCACCACCAUCACCAUCACAAGAAAAAGAAGCACAAGGAAAGAGAUAGAGAAAGGGUGCAUCAUAAGAAACACCGGCAUAGGGAUAAAGAUCGUGGCGGAGAAGCUCGUAUCAGAUGGAGAAGUGAGAAUGGGAGCAGUGGCAGCGGUACUCCUGAGCAUGAUGCUUCUGAGGAGAGGAGCUACACUCCCCCUAUGCACACAGACCUUCGAGUAGCAUCAAGACGAUGUCAGGGAUCCUCUGACGAUGGUGAUUCGUCAAGAUCCCUGUCUCUCACUCCCCCAAGACGUCCCGCUUCACCACAUACACGUAAUAAUAUAAAUGAUAGAAAUAAUCAGCAAAGCCCUCCGGAUUCCUCAAGAGUACCUCUGUUGCCUCACAGAUUGGGGAAUGCUUCUCCUUCAGCAUCACCACCAAGCCCUCCCAUUCAACCUACCUCAUCAGUCCCUUCACUUCCAAGAUCACCGGGUACUCCUCCAAUGUCAAGAUCGAGUUGUAUUCCUCCAAGAUCCCCAAGUUCUCCUAACCCUCUUAAGUCCCCAGGAUCUUCAUCCAUAACAUAUCCUUCCUUAUCCUUUUCUUACCCAGGGCACCCUGAAAACACUACUGCUACUAGAAUAUGUUCCACUUCAUCACCACCCUUUCCUCCAAGACCUCAUGAAACAUCUCUCAGACCUAAUUCUCCAACUCAUUCAUUAUCACCUGAAUCCCCAUGGUUCCUCAGAUCCCCAGGAACUCCACCACCCCCUCCAAGAUCACCGGAAAUUCCUCCACUUCCACCAAAGUCUCCUGAAACUCCUCCCCUUCCUCCGGGGUCUCCUGAAAGCCCACCACCACCUCCAGUAUCAAGAGAAAGUUCCCACAGACUAGAAGAAACUAAUUCCAAUUCAUAUAGUUGUGAAGGAAGAGGUUUAGGAACUUUGGAAGAUACCCCACCUCUUCCUCCCGUGUCUCCUGGUACUCCUCCACCUCUGCCACUACCCUCAGAAACCCCACCACUACCACCUACAUCCCCAGGAACCCCUCCACCACCUCAUAUGUCUCCUCAAAGCCCCAUAUGUCGAAAUUCAUUUAAUCAUUCUCCUCCAUCAUUUAAAAAUCUCCUUCCUUCAUUGUCACCAAGAGCAUUUUCACCAUCACAUACAGAAUCUCAUGAAAACUGUGCCAAUCCUGUUUUAAAUUCAGAUUCAUGCUUUAGGGAUAGUAUGCUUCAUGAGGACAACUCAGAAAGAGAUACGCCAUCACCAUUACCUGAUUGUACUUUUGAAUGUCCUAAAUCCCCGUCACCUCAGUUCGGUUCUCCAUCAUCAUCACGUUCACCCUCUCCAUCGCCAAUCCCAGUUGCAAGACCAAGAAGUCCACUCCAAUCUAUAGCACCCCUGCAGCAAUCAAUUAGAGUAGUUGCCCCUCCAAGUCCACCACCUGUUCCACUAAAAGCAGAAAUGUUAUCACCUAGGGUGCCUGUUCCUGACAUUCUUUCACCAACUAAUUCAGUUAAAACAGAUAUAAUGUCUCCACCCCACCAAAGUCCACACCAAGGUAUUCUUUCCCCAACACAUCCCACUAGAGCCAAGCUAGUAUCACCUGUUUCUUCUGUAUGUCCGAAAUCCCCGAAAGUUAGAAGUCCACCAAGAACACGUCCGAGAAGUCCUAUGGAUUUACCAGUUCCAAGGUGGAAACCAGAUCCAAUUAUAAGACAAAAAAGGGCAUCAGAGUCAAGAACAUCUGUAUCUUCUAUUUCUUCUGUGUCAUCUGUUACAGAAGUCAUUGUUGCAGUAACCCCAAGACCAGUUACAAUUCCUCCUACAGCAGAAAAGCUGCGCAGAUUCAGUGAAGAGGAGGGCCUUGACUUAAGGGAAAGAUCUGCUAGUGGAGAGGGGCAUGAUACGGCAGAGAGUGGUUUUGAUGAGGGGAGUGAUUUGUCUCCUGAUCACAAGCCAGAAGCCUCUCUUAAAGGUGAACCUCUUGAUGUGGAUUCAAGAUCUCAAGAUAUAAUCGAAGGGGAGGGAACGAAAAAGGAAGAUUGUGCAAAAAUAAAUUCUGAAAUCAUACCAAAGCUGGACUUCAAAAGUGAAGUAUUGGACGAACUUUGUAAAUUUGCUGAAGAGGGUGAUACAUCAAUUUACACAGGUCCACAAGGAAAGACAAUCAAAAUGGAGGAUGAGCAGGAUAUCAAAGUCCCCAAGGAUGAAGAUCAAAUACCAUCGCUGACAAAAGGGGAAUCAUAUAUUAAAACCACCACCUUACGAAAACCUCCAACUUCAUCCAAGAAAACGGAAUCGCCAAAGAGUUUAGAGCAGUCAGCCACACCAAAGAAAGAGGAAGUUGAAUCCCCUGUCAAUUACCCUAGUCUAUCAAGUGUCAAGGAGGAUACUAAUAAUAUGCCAAAGAGAACAAUAAGUUUUAUGAAAGAAAAAGAGGCUAAAGUGGAUGACAAAGUAGUGACACCUGUGGACUCGAUAAAACUUCCGGUUAAUGGGACCAAAGUUUCAGAUUUGUUGAAUAAAAAUAAAAUUACCGAAGUGUCUCAUCCUAAAAAUAAUUUAGAAAAAAUGACAGAUGUGGUAAACCAUAAUGAAAAAGUUGAAAAGAGUGUUGGACAAGAUUUUGAAAAAUCAAAAGGUUCAUGUGCACCAACACACAGACAUAAAUCAACUUCUGGAACAUCAUCAUCUGGUAGUAAGAAAUAUGAAUGUGCUAAGUGCCACAAGCGUAGUAAAAUUAAACGUUACAAUAUAGGUGUACAGUGCCGGCGUGAUAAGACGGAUUCAAAAUCUUCGCCACAUUCAUUGUCUGGAUCGGCACCAUGUGUGACCCAACCGUGUUUUGCUAAAGUGGAUUUUGGAAGUAAACAUGUAUCCUUGCCAAGACCCCCAUGUAAUGGUAAGCCUGGCUUGGAGAAAUAUAAAUAUGGUAACUAUAUGCAUAUAGAAACAUAUCCUAAUGGAGAUGCAACCGUGGUGCACAUGUAUCAAGAGGAGAUUGACGCUCUAAGCACUGAACAACAAGAGGAAUUGGCAACUGAAUUUCUAGAGGUUGUGUUUUCUGAAGAUGACAGUGGCUAUGCCCACCACGUUUGUGGAAUUGUCCACAAUGCUGCCAGAUACAUGCCAGACCUGCUCGAUUAUAUGGCUGAGUAUCAUCCCAACCUCAUUGUAAAGGCUGGGGUUAUAGGGCACAUUGGCAGAAAUUCAGACCUAGAGACAUACACAAUGGAAAAAUACAAGGCUGAGGUGUACAGAACAUACAGUAAUGGCACCUUCCGCACAGGUCCUCUACACCAAGUUAGUGUUGUUGGGACAGUGCAUGAAGAAGUGGGUGGCUAUUUUCCUAACUUCCUCGACAUGAUGGAAAAAAACCCAUUCCUUCGAAGGGCAAUGCCUUGGGGUCCAUUAUCUAUAGUAAAUAUGUCUUCACCACAACAAAGCAAUGAUGGCCCUAUUUUAUGGAUUCGACCUGGAGAACAGCUCAUACCAACAGCUGAACUGGGUAAAUCUCCAGCUAAGAGAAAAAGGAUAGGAAUAAAUGAGUUGCAACGCCUUCAGUAUUUACCUCGUGCCUCUAACGCCAGAGAAAUGAUGUUUGAAGAUCGCACUAAAGCCCAUGCUGACCAUGUAGGGGCUGGACUUGACAGGAAAACUACUGCAGCUGUUGGAGUGUUAAAAGCUGUCCAUUGUGGGAACGACUACUACCAUAAUCGUGUUGUGAAAGAUGUUGUAGCUUUUGAUGCCCAUGACUUUAAUGAGAUUGUAGAGAAGCUACAACUAGACCUUCAUGAGCCCCCAAUAUCGCAGUGUGUUCAGUGGAUCGAAGAUGCAAAACUGAAUCAGAUGCGUCGAGAUGGAAUGAAAUUUGCUCGCAUCCAACUAUGUGACAAUGAUAUUUACUUUCUGCCACGGAAUAUCAUUCAUCAGUUCCGCACUGUGACAUCAGUUUGCAGCGUUGCAUGGCACGUACAGCUGAAGCAGUAUUACCUUCCUAAAACUUCAGAGAAAGAGAAGGAAAAUGACAAGGAAAUGCCUGUCAAACAAGAAGCCUCACCAGUCCUCUCUCCAAUUAAAACAGAACUCCAAGAUAAAAAGAAGUCGUCAUCUGUUUCUUCAACUCCAUCUAAGCACCACAAGAGUCACAAGCAUGAGAGAAAGGACAAACAUGAGAAGGAAAGACACGAUAAGCACAGGCACAAACAUAAGGACAAGGACAGAGACAAAGACAAACAUAAGGACCAUCAUCGAGGUGAACGUAGGAGUGAACACAAAAGCAAAAAGAGAGAGAGGCCAGAGAAGGAUGAAACGGAGAAAGUAAAGAAACGGCUAAGAAUGGACUCCAGUUCCUCACUUGAUGAACCAGUUGUGGAAGGUAAGAAUGAGAAAAGUAUUUCAGGUGAUACAGGGGAACCGGAGGCUAAGAAGCCCAAAGUAGAAGAAAAUGGACCUAAAGAUGAAACAAAGAUUGAAGUAAAAGAUGAAUUAAACAUUGAACCAAAAGAAGAUUUGAAAGUUGAUAUCACUGGCGAAUCGGAAUUAUUACCAGAAACAACUAUUACCCCACUAGAAAAUCAGGUAGAUGUUACAGACAAAACUGUUGACAUUACUGAAGAGUGCCCCGAAAAUAACAAAAUAAGCUUAGAGGCUAGUCAAGUGAAAAAGGAAAAUGGAAGCCUUGAAAAAUCAGUUGCUGCCUCUAAAGUGAAAGCCACUGGAGCAGUAAACAGACCAAAAACUCCAAACAAAACUACAGGUGGACAACCAGCAUGUGAUGUUCUUGAGUCCAUUAUGGCUGGGAUGUCACAGUCAGGUAUGCACAAAUAAUGCAUGAGAAAGUGUUACUUGAAUAUAGAAUUUCUUAAAUAUGUAGAAAACACUUGUGAACUCAAUUUUUUGGGGGGAUGAACAUAAAGGAUUAUAAUAAAGACUGAGUUCCAUUAAUAAAUGAUAUGCAUUUAAUGCCUUAGAUACAUCAACAAGUAUGUUGUGUGACCUGGUGAUGCUCCUUCUUGGUGUCCUAAUCAGUAUGAGAAGAAACACUUCAUUCUUACAAGGGUUUCAAUUGCUUCUAAACACACCUAAGUGAUGUUCACUUCAAAUUCCCUGUGUUCUCUAUAGAUAGAGAUGUAUAUUGCUGUAGAUAUUAUGCCAACAUAUUUAUUCAUAGAUUUCACUAAAAUAGGGUAGAGUUGGGUAAUAAUAAAAUACCAGAAAGCCUUGUAACUGAAUAUCUUGUGCCAGUUCUCUCUUUCAAUGGUAGCAUGCUUUGAAGAUCAAAAGGCAUUCAAUAGUUAGUGCAAAAAAGUGACAAAAGGCCUAAGAGAACUGACAUUUUGUCAAUUCUUACAAACAUUUUGUAGUCAAAUUGGAUAUUUUUUUGUUUUGUAUGAUAAGACAAAAUAUUCUCCCAUUCUCACAAUUUGACAAGCAUCAGAUUUGAAGUGGCUUUUGCCUAACAUGAAGUGUAGGAACCUAGGGUAUCCACCCAAUCAUCAAGGCCAAUGUGCAUUAAUCUGAGAAAUUAUCAAUAUUGAGGUGCUUUCCAUUUCACUAAGCCACUGGAAUUUUAACACCUUAGUUGGUAUCUUGGCAAUUGUGGUGCAUUCAGUGAGAGGACAGAUUAAUAUAUCUUGCCUGGUUGCUGUGCUUAAGAGACUGUUAUUAUCAGUUAAUGUGAAGUAAUAUAAGUAAUGAUCUGGAUGUGUUGUGAUGAUCUUACCAAGAGGAAGGCCUCUGCUUGUGAGAGGAAGUGCAAUAUAAAUGUAAUUGGUCCUCAGUAUAAUUUUAUAAA